AUGAUGCAACGGCUUUUCAUCCAAGGUGUCUAUCUAGACAUCUUCUCAGUGAUGAAUGCUCCACCGCCUCCUGUUGUUUCCGCAGCUGGUAACCGAGCAAAUGUGCUCGUGAUGCAUCCAAGAUGCUACAGGUUCUUUGAGGAACUUGGCGCUUUCUCGCAAGUGCUCUUUUCUGGAGACGACCUCACCAUAGAGCAACUUCAAUAUAUAGCUGAUGUAGCUGUGGGCGAACCUCAAGUGCACAAGGGAGUCUUCGUACCACCUGUUCUUCCAGCUGUCACUCAUGGAGUAAACGUCGCGGCUGGGUCUUUGCAGAUCCAACUCACUGCUACAGAUGGCCCAGCUUUGAACGACGGCUCUCUUGGUGGUGGUCUUUCCAGCUUGGGCUUUGUUGGCCCCCAUGUGGCCCCUCCUGCGGGUACUUAUCUUGGACAUCAGGAUGAAGGAUUUCCACUAACGUAUUCAGCGAUUCUGCAUGAAACAGUGGCAAUUGAGCUCCCUUGCACUGGUCAGAACAACACUUUCUUCAAUGCGACAGUUCCAUCAAAUGGUCCAGGUGCAAUCAGCGAUGUUCGUGUGCAGACUCGGACCGUUGGCAUCACCGGUGGCACCACCGUCGUUCAGCCUACAACAUCUGGUCAGCGCGACGAGCUGGUGCUCAACUAUUUAUCAAAGCAUUGCGACAUAAUUCAACCAGAGGGCAGAUUAGAUGAUGGGGCUAUGUAUUGGGAUGAUAUCUAUCGCUCUUUCUCAGCCUUUGAGAAAUCACCUCUACGUUGCAGUGUUAUGAAUGUUUCGUUCAACACCUUCACGACCAAGCAGCAAAUGGAUUUCUACAUCGGCAUCCAGAAUGAGUUUGACCGAGGCAAUUCUACAGAUAGCAAGCUGAUCAACAUGCGGUUGUACGCUCUUCUAGCAGCAGGCAUCGAGCUACCACUUUCUCGCUCUCACCUCGCAGAUGAGCUUUCGAAGUUGACGCCAGGCAAAGACUUGGUAUACUCCGUCAGUUCGCUCACUCCGGGUACGAAGGAUGAGAUUGUUCAUGCUCCUCCUCGUGCGAAUGAAGUAUUCCUUCUCGAAACAGCUUUGGUUUUAUCUGCGUACAGAUUCUUCCACAUCCACUUCGAAAUCUUGUAUUCCACGCUGCUUGUCUUUCAGCUCGCAUGGAACGUGCUUCCAUUUGACGAGUUUGUCAGAACAUUCCCAGACAAUAUCGCCAAUGGUGCUGGUGGUGCAGAAGAAAUGCUUGUUUACGAUGCUGAUGGCAAUCACGUCAAGGCAUCUUCUUCCAAGCAUGCUGCUCUCUACCUACCAGGCAGCAUCUGUUUGGCAUAUCUGGGUUACCACUUGAUGGUGUUACGACUCUUCAAAGCUAUUGAUCUUGAACACUGCGAUCCAGGCGCCUUCGACGGAAGCGCGCUGUUCUGCGUGCAAGGCGAGACUCAUGGGGCGGCGGCUCUCACCAGCAACCUGCUGGGUCGUGGCAGCAUGCAGACCCGGCAGCAGCCCAGCAGCCAUUCGCAGGGCCGUCUGGGAACUGGGGACACUGCCGAGCCAGCAAACGGCACGGGCGACCUUCUGCGAUUUGUGCAGCGCCUGGCCAACACUAUCCGGAGAUCAGAGGGAAAGCUCCGGAAGUGCGAGACGGAGCGGAAAGAGGUGAACGAUCAGUGGCAGGCCUACCAGAAGGAGCUGCAGAAGUCUUUCAUCCGAGAAAGACCGCGGCACAAGGACAUGACUGCGAAGCUCAAUGGCGAGUACGAGGAGCUCCUCAAACAGAAGGAGGAGGCGAUUGCCGAGCUGCAGGCGAUCUUCACCAAGCCCGAGGAUGCCGACGACCCAUGGGCGGAGUUGCCGAGCCUGCUAGCUGGUGCAGUUGGAAGUGGGACUGCGCUUCGCGAGUCGGCCAGGGAGCAACUGAUGCAGGCCCUUGGGGUUCAUGCCGCGGGGCCAGUCGGGACAGCAGCACCUACCACGCCUGUGCGACGACGGCCGCCGGACGUGGCACACACGCCUAUGAACAAGAAAAUGGAAGGGCAGGAGGCAGCCGAGAAGGAGAUGGCACCUGCGAACAUGGCAGCCUGGAAGCGGCCAACGACCCGCUCAAGAUCACGAUCACAGGCCCAUGGCCCUCGAAUGAGCGUCAAGCACCACACUACUGGUCCGGUGCAGACGACCAAGCCUGGGACAUUGGCCCAGAAGUUGGAAGAAAAGAGAGCAGCUGCGGCUGCGGAGCCCCCAGGGCCCAUCCCGGAGAGGAUGAACUCGAACGAGGAGGACAUGUUGGGAGCCUUGGGCCAGGGCAACAGGCCGGAGGACCCGGGCCACGGUGAGUGCUAUGAUGACACUGGUGGGCCUCCUUUUGUUUUCGACAGUGACGACCCUUUUGCGCCCUAUGACCCGGGCUCGAACCAGGUGCCGCUGGCGAGUGCUGUCCCUGGAAACCAGCUGCACAGGAAGGGCCCAGAUCUUGGCCCCAGAACAGAUUUGGAAUUCUGGGCAAGCGGCCAGCACCCACCACGAGAGCAGCUGGCGAGGGCAUAUGCUGACUACGUACGGAGCCAGCCAGUUGAACAUAGUAGUGGAGAAGCGAGACCUCAUGCGGUGCCAGCGGAACUACCAGCGCCCGGAGAAGCCGUGGAGGAGAUCGCCACGGUUCACGUUACCAUGUGGGUGACGACACCCUAUUACGAGGGUGAAGUGGUGGAUGCGGAAAUGGGCCUCCCAACUACUGUGGAGCGUAUGACCUCGACCCUGAAGAACUCGGGCGCUGUGAUGCCGGACUACGCGAGCACCUUUGCGCCAGUGACACCCCAGUUGGGAGCUGACUUCGGCAGCUUCAUCGCAUAUCCUGCGUGGCUGCAGGAAACGGAUAAGGUUGCCGUUGUCAUUGACAGCACAGCCAUCAACGGGGGCGUCUUUGGGGCUUACCUGGAGAACCCGGUCACGCGAGAGGAUAUCUUGAUGACGGGCCGUACCUAUACGGCAUUCUGUGGAGGGCUGAUCAAAAUCAUGCCGCAGGGGGACCUGGAGGUGUCUGCUGAAGAGGCGUUGAGCAUUGAGCAUGGCGACGCCUGGGUCAGUGUUCCGGGGGAAAGGCUCCUGCAUCUGGCCCAUCGGGGCCGAAGAGUUUGGGGCCAGGUAGCAGUCCUCGACGGCAUCGGCCAGUACCCGCAGACCGAGCCGGUGAUUUUCUUGGAUCUACGAGGAUUGGCAUUGUUCCCGCAGUGGACGCAGAUCCAAGGAACGAUAUUUCGUCCGCUGUAUUACGAGACACUGGAGAUGCCAGACCUGCCUGGCUGGGUCCUUAUGGUGUCUGGUGUCAAGCCAAGGGACGACGGUGUCAACAUUGAGGUUGCUACUGGAGAUGUCCUGGUCUUCUACCUGGAAAAAGAGGCAGGAAAUGAUGACCACGGCCCGCGGGAAGAGAGCCAAAGUUCGUCUGGAGAAGGUGACCCGGACGAUAGAAGUAGUGGCACUCAUGCCCUUCCUGACUCCAGCGACCUAUCCACUCCAAGCCCUUACGAUGGCCCACCACGAGGGCCGCCACCACCAACUCCGACGGAUGAGAGAGAGGACGACAGAGCACCACAAGAUCACCUGCCGGCGAGAACGAUUGAUCUCACUCGCGCGUGCUUGGCCUUCCCACGUGGGUUUGAUACAUUGUGGCCAUUGUUCCGCCCAUGGGAGUUAUCUUGGAUGGCGUGGGACUUCGGAGAGGUCCCUUUCAAUGAGGCGGCUCGGCAAGCGAUGGCGGCAGCGAUCUCGGUGGAUGGUAUCCUCCCGGAGAUUGAACGGCACCCGCCGAAACUCCUCGGGGCUGCCAUCGCCCUGAUUGGUGUUUUAGGCGGCCGCCUGCUGGGGGCAGAUGACGUGCCAUGGCCUGUUCAGGGACCUGCUGCAUUGGCAGCAGAACAAAUAGCUGUGGCUUCGCCCCUGCUGUGGAUAGUGCAGGCAAGAGCUGCAAUGCCCUGGAUGGACUGCACUCUUCAUGUGGAUUGCCUCGCGGCAGGCAGAGCGACAGUUGGAGCAUGGGCACCAUACGAUGAUUUCGCGGUCAAGGUGCACCACCUCGAGCUUAUGAUCCGAGAGUUGGACGGAAUCCACCUGACUGUCGAGCAUGUCAAGGGCCAUGCUGGCCAUGGUUGGAAUGAGGUGGCCGAUGCUGUGGCCAAGAGCGCGGCGGCAGGUACCCACCACUACGCCCAGCCACCCCCGGAGGCGUGUAGGGCCCUAUGCGAAGAGAACCUUGCAUGGGUCGGCACGGAACUGGCGGCCAUCCGUAGCGGGGCACUUCGUGUCGAGCAGGGCGAGGCUGUGGGAUUCUACAUCUCCGCCUGUUCCUUCAAUGUCCAAGGGCUGGGCCAACAUCAUCGCUACUUGGAAGAGCAGUUCGACCACCAGCAGUAUAACAUCAUUAUGCUGCAGGAAACACGGUACUGGGGUGUAUCCAUAUGGGUGAGCAAGACUCAUGGCCUCCUGCAGCUGGGCAACAAGGCGGUGAUCCCGCGGGAGGAGGACAUCAGCGUUCGGAUCAGCUCCCCCCGGAUCCUCGCUGUGGUGGUACGUGUCGGCAAGACCAAGGUGGGUCUGAUUUCGGCGCAUUGCCCUCAUCCCCAACGAACUGCGGAGCGUACAGAGUUUUUGGCGGACUUCCGAAAUAUCCUGCAGGAACUACGCCAUACACAGUGUAAUACACAGAUCAUGGUCUGCGGGAUCGACAUGAACGGCAGACUGCCCCUGGGACUUGAGGGCACGACGGGGGACCUUGAUGAGUUUGACGAGCCGGAUGACACUGGUGAAUUGUGUGCUGGCAUCAUGGAGGAAGCCGGAGUGUGGGCACCGACGACGUUCUCCCACAUCCACCAAGGUGAGCCUGCCACGCACUGUCAUCAUACCGGAUCGGAAAGCCGCAUCGACUAUAUCCUCCUUGGUGGCCAUGCAAAAGUUGAUGCUACUCGUAGCAAAGUCAACAGAGAACUUGACAACGGGAGCCCCAAUUUGGAUCACUGGGCUGUGGAGCUGGCAAUGCAAGGCAGGCUGGAGGACCCGACAAGGAGGCCGCGACUCCAAAGGCCCAGGUUCGAUCUAGAAAAGAUGGAGACUGUGGAGGGCAAGGCAAUCAUUGCGGCAGCCUGUGCCUCUUUCCCGCAACCAGCAUGGGAAGUCCAUCCAGACCAGCAUUGCCAACAAUUUCAAGACCACAUGGUUGCCACUUUGCAACAGCAUUUUUGCAGACCUGAUGUGGGAAACAAGGCCUCGUACAUACCAGAUGAGGUUUGGCCCCUUCGCCAGCAAAAGCAGCACCUCAAAUGGCGAACACGUGGGCGACUACAGGAAAGACUGGAGACGAGGCGACGUGCAAUGCAACAAUGGAGGGGCGACGCUGCUUGUGACUUUGCUGCCUUUGUUGCGAAGCACACCCUCCUCUACGAGCUGACAGCAGGAGCGAUUCAGAUUGCCACGAGGCGAAUCAGGGACAAGAUUGCGGCGGCCAAGGACCGCUUUCUUCGCAGUGUGGCAGCCAACGGGCCACAGUCUGUCACUGCCAUCAUGCAGAGGGCCAAGCUGGCGACUUCUGCGGCGGAUCGUGACCAGAUUUGGCUCACCUACUUCGGGGAGCAGGAGGUGGGCAAGAUCGUCAGGACUGCUGACUUCCUCUCCAUGUCAGCCACCAGCGAGGACAGGGUCAGAGAUGAUUGGAGUUGGGAGCUACUGCCCAGUGUCACAGACAUUGAGGCGGUUUUGAGGUCCACACAGCCGCGGAAGACGGCUGGCCUCGACCUUAUACCAAGCGAUUUGGUGCGCACGUGUCCCAGUGAGUUUGCCUGUGCGAUCCAGCCGCUCUACCUGAAGACGUUGGUUGGUGGGAGGCAACCCCUUCAGUGGCGAGGUGGCAUCCUGUAUGAGGCCUUCAAGGGUUCUGGUACACAGUGCGACACGGUGAUGCGAUCGAAGAUCAACGAGUGCAUGGAGAACUUUUUGCACCCGAUGCAUUGUGGUUCUCGGAAGGGUAUGCCCACCCUUUUCCCCUCGCUGUUCGUCAUCGAGCACCUCCGCUGGUGUGCCCGGACCAAGCAGAGUGCGGCCAUCAUCUUUGUCGACACGCGGUCUGCGUAUUAUAGAUUGGUACGUCAGAUUGCGACGGGCGACUUGACGGUUGACCGCCAGGUGGAGGCGCUGUUCCAUAGAUUUGGUUUGGAUGGCAGCGAUAUAGCAGACCUCCGAGACCUCAUCCUGAGUGGAGGGAUGCUGGGUGAGGCUGGUGUUCCGGAUCCCAUCAGGGCUGCUGCUUGGGAUUUCCAUCGGGACUCGUGGUUUACCACGCGGUACUCCAGUGGCGAGGCUAUCUGCCGCUCGACAGCAGGCUCCAGACCGGGUGCCUCAUGGGCUGACUGCAUUUCUGCUGUCAUAUAUGCCCGCAUACUCUACCGAGUGCACGAGCAGAUGGAGGGUGAAUGCAUCAACUUCAGCCUUUACUUGGGCAUGGCGUCUGGACCCUUUGAGUGCGACCCGUGUGAGAACCCGCAGUCUGUGUGGGACACCACUUGGGCAGACGACAGUGCGUUUGCACUGACGGCUGAUGGGGCUGACCAGCUUGCCGUGCGCACUGCGCGGGUGGGCUCCAUGGUCAUCACGGCCCGAAAGUCGGGGCGACCAGAGCUACGAAUGGAAGACCUGGGCGAAAGCCUUCAGAUCGUCCCCUACUACAAGCAUCUGGGCUGUAUGGUGGAUCCGACCAUGAAAAUGGCGCAUGAGAGUCGGCACAGAACGGCGCUGGCCGCCGCAGCCUAUAACAAGGCCAAGGACCUCCUCCUGCAGAACAGAGACCUGACUUUGGCCACACGUGGGAUGUUGUUUCGCUCGGCUGUGGUGUCCACGUAUCACAACCUGGAAGUUUGGAUCGCCAAAGGUAAGGCCUGGACUCAAAUGAGUGAAGCAUUUUCCCGCAUUGUGCGGCGCCUCCUCUGCCGCGACAUCCCGGGUGACGCGCUCUUCAGGGUGCCGCCUGCGCUUGCUCACUGGGCGACGGAUUGUUGGCCCCUGGACCUUUAUGCCAGGCGUAGCAGAAUCUCUGCCCUGGUAUCCUUGGCAAGAAGGGGCCCAGAGGUGCUAUGGGCUAUGAUCCAGCAUGAGAAAUGCUGGGGCCAGCAGCUGUGCGAAGACCUACGGUGGUUGGUGGCCGGAGAUGAAGAAUCCUGGCCGGAGGCACAGGCUGCAGCAUGGGCACAGUGGUGGCACCUACUUCGAAGCCACCCACAGCGCGUGAAACCGCGGGCACAACGGAAAAAUGAGUUGGACUUCACUGCCUACAAGGAGCGUGCAGCAGUGGAAGUUUGUCUGUGGUUGCUAUCCAGGGACGUGAAGGAAGGACCGGAUGAACUCAGAUGCCCUGGACUAUGGCGCUGCACAAUGUGCAGCAAGACAUUUCGCAAGCGAGCAGGGCUGAGCGUGCACUACUUCAAAACACAUGGCAGGUGUGCUGAAUAUCGGCGGUAUAUCCGGGGAAGCCGCUGCGAAUGCUGCGGUACCGAGUACUGGACUACUGGCCGGCUGGAGGACCACCUACGUUCCAGUGUCAAGUGUGUCCGGGCCAUAAAGCGUCUUCGGCGACCCAAUGCUGAAAUUUGUCCGGGAUAUGGCAGUCGUCAUCGCCGACGCCAUGAGAAUGACCACUACACCCCGGCGCCUCCAAGGCCGGGAGAUGGUUUGGACAUUGAGGAAAUGCAGCCGGAGUGGAGCAGCUGGCAGAAAGAUCUGCAUGCUGCCAUGUGCGAGAUCCUCUUGACCCAACCGUUCCCGAACGACGUGGAGGUUCAGCUACGAGGCCAGCUGAAGAAGAUCCCACUCUACCCGGAGGAGAUACGCGAGGUCGUGGUCUACUUGCGGGCGGAGGUCGACUACAUCCACGUGGAGGCUGGCGUGGAGCAAUGGACGAACGAGCAGUACAGUGAGAUCCACACUGCGCUGCCACGAUUGGGCGAGCAUCGCGAUGAGGACGUGUCGGAGGACCGGCGAGGUCUGGAUACCCUCGACAGCUCUGCCGCCUUCAAGGACGCUAUGGCCACUUUUGAUUGGCGGAUGGCGUGUAUGAAGUUGAGGACUGAGCACGGGACCCGCAACACCCCACUGUUUCAACUCCCUGCUAGCUGGGAAGCUGUGUGGCAGCAGGAGAGAAGUGGGCUACUGAACAUAGCCGUGGUCAAAGCGCCUGACUCCUUUUGGAAGCAUCCGGUGGCAGUGCCUUUCUGCCUUUUCCGGGAGCUGCUCAACCACUGUGUCCGACCGCCAUUCGAAGACAUGAUGAAGGCGGUGGAUGAUGCGGCUACGAUGUUCAGCGCAGAGAACUUCGAACGGCAAGGCCUUUCGAAGCUCUUCCGGGUGCCCGGCGUCCAGCGAUUCACCGAGAAUCUGAAUGGCACCGGUAAUCGGGAGACCAGUCCCGGCCGGGAUGCCUUCCCCAGUAUGGAUUCUACCGACAUCGAGACCAGCGAUUCCCUGGAGAAGCUGAUUGCACAACAGGUAUCCAAUGAGCUCCUCCUGCUGGAGAUGAAGGAAGAGUGGGACGAGUUGGCGACCUACACCCCAUACUUCCUGGUGUGGGGUCGCCUGUCUCAGCUGAGGCUUUUGCUCCGUACUUCAAGGUAA